UUCUCAUCUUGUUGCAAGCGUAUUUAUCUGGCUCCUCAGCUGACAAAAUCAUCACCCCAAGAAACAUGGAAACAAAGGCAUUUUUAAAAGAUGUCAAUCUCUGUGAAAAUAAAGCUUUCUAUACUCAUGUUCGCACCAGUCUCCUCUGAAUUUCGUGAAGAAAAACAAAUUGGGAAAACACUAUAUGAAAGUUGAUCCUUGAAAAUUUCUCAUCAGCAUUCUGUGAUAAUAAGCACAUUGACUUCUGCUGAUCAAUAUCAACUGACCACUUCAGCUAACUGCCAGGAGCCUGGAUUCUGACUUCCACCAUUGACAUCUGUGAAAAUUGAUCUACACCCACCCUUGAAAAGCAUCAAUGAAUUAAUCGGAACUUUUGAAAGCAAAGAAAAAUUGAAUACAUCCUAGUAAAAGCACAUGAGAUGUUGAAAACAAACUACAACAAGACAAGAUUUACUUUGCUAUUUACCUUGUAAGAACAAAUGCACCUUCAGAAGAAAAGAUGAACAGCACAUGUAUCGGAGAACAGCAUGACCUGGAUCACUACCUGUUCCCAGUUGUCUACAUCUUUGUGGUUAUAACCAGUGUUCCAACCAAUAUUGGGUCUCUAUGUGUGUCUUUCCUGCAAGCAAAGAAAGAAAAUGAACUAGGAAUUUACCUCUUCAGUUUAUCACUAUCAGAUCUGCUGUAUACAUUAACUCUCCCUAUAUGGAUCGAUUAUACUUGGAAUAGAGACAACUGGACUUUCUCUCCUGCCUUGUGCAAAGUGAGCUCUUUCUUCAUGUACAUGAACUUUUAUAGCAGUACAGCAUUCCUCACCUGCAUUGCUGUUGAUCGCUAUUUAGCUGUUGUCUACCCUUUGAAGUUUUCUUUUCUGAGGUCAAGAAGAUUUGCAUUCAUGGUCAGCCUAUCCAUCUGGGUAUUGGAAACCAUCACUAAUGCUAUCAUAUUGUGGGAAGAUGAAACAGCGGUAGAAUAUUGUGAUGCCAGAAAGUCCAAUUUUACUUUAUGUUAUGACAAAUACCCUUUGGAGAAAUGGCAAAUCAGGCUCAACUUGUUUAGGACGUUUAUAGGCUAUGCAUUACCCUUGGUCAUCAUCAUGAUUUGCAACGGGAAAGUCUACCAAGCUGUGCGACAUAAUCAAGCCACAGAAAACAGUGAAAGGAAGAGAAUCAUAAAAUUACUUAUUAGCAUCACACUGACUUUCAUCUUGUGCUUCACUCCCUUUCAUGUGAUGUUACUGAUUCGCAGCAUUUUAGAGCAUAAUGUGAACUUUGACGAGCAUGUGUUUGACCACAGUGAGUCUGGGAAGCAGACUUAUAAGCUGUAUAGAAUCACAGUUGCAUUAACAAGUUUAAAUUGUAUUGCUGAUCCAAUUCUGUACUGUUUUAUAACUGAGACAGGAAGAUCAGAUAUGUGGAAUAUAUUAAAAUUCUGUACUGGGAAGCUAUAUAAAUCACCAAGGCAAAGUAAAAACAUACUUUCUAUGUCUACAAAAGAUACUGUCGAAUUAGACAUCCUGGAAUAGAACCAGGGGAUUUUCCUUAAGGUACACAAUAUUAUACCGUCAAGAUUACAUUUUGAAAAAGAAAUCCAGCAAGGGAGGGGACUAAGUUGUCCAAAUGAGUGAAAAUUUUAAUACUCUCAUAUGGAAAUUUUUAAAAAAUAUUUUUAAGGUACAUUGUAUAGAUCCCUGACUUUUACUAAAUGAUGAUUAAACAAAAUUUAAUAUUUUCCUAAUGAUUCGGGAUCAUUAUUGUUGAUUGCAUUUGUAUCUGUGCCAUCAUCCCUCAGAGGUUAGUAAGAUGCAUGAUUUUUAUGAUUUAUGUGUAUAUCUGGUGUCCAUGAUUUUUCUCACUUUUUCUAUGCAUUUCAAGCUGUCAGCUAUCAUUUCCCCCAACUGUCUGUGCCUAUCUCCCACCACCUUACCAAAUAAUACUGUUUCUAAUCUUCUCAUUAGUUAACAAAUAUUUAUUGAGCCCACUCUACAUACUAGGUUUUGUGUUAAAUAUUUGAGUUACAAAAGAAAUGGCCUAA